AUGCAGGCAGUUGCCCCCCUUACAGACAGAGCUGAGAAACUGUACUGGAGAUGUGUGACUGGUGUGGAGGGAGAUGAAAAUGGUGUGAAGUGCUCAAAGCCAGUACAGUCAAGGAGAAAGGAAAGAAUCACAUCAGUAAAAUGGAGGUUUGCCAGUGAUACAGUUUGCCUUCUUUUCCUGUGUUGGAUUAACCUUCCUCUGUCCUCACUGCAGCCCCCACAGCUCCACACCCUAUGGAGGUGCAGGACGCAGAGGCCUCGGAGUUAUGCUGAUCCUUUCCAGAUGCAGGAUGUUGUGGAGAGGUUCACAUGGCAGAGACAAGGCAUCCCAUUUGGAGCUGCCACAUCCUAUGUACAUCUAGAGAAGCUGUGUGAAGGAUCCUAUGCAACUGUGUACAAGGACAUCAGCAGGAUCAAUGGCCCGUUGGUGGCACUGAAAGUGAUCAGGCUGGAGGCAGAGGAGGGAGCGCCCUUUACAGCCAUUCGGGAAGCUUCUUUUCUCAAGCGUUUGAAACAUGCCAAUAUUGUACUGCUUCAUGACAUUAUCCAGACCAAAGAGACACUAACAUUUGUCUUUGAGUACAUGCCCACAGAUCUAGCACAGUACAUGGGCCAGCAUCCUGGAGGACUUCAUUCAUGCAAUGUUAUGCUCUUCAUGUUCCAGCUUUUGCGUGGCCUGGCUUACAUCCACCAACAACACAUUCUUCACCGUGAUCUGAAACCCCAGAACUUGCUCAUCAGUUGCCUUGGUGAGCUCAAAUUAGCUGACUUUGGCCUUGCUCGUGCCAAGUCUAUCCCCAGACAGACAUAUUCCUCUGAAGUGGUGACACUCUGGUGCCGUCCUCCUGAUGUGUUGCUUGGAGCUACAGAUUAUUCUUCUGAUCUAGAUAUCUGGAGUGCAGGCUCAAUAUUUGUUGAAAUGAUCCAGGGACAGCCAAUAUUUGCAGGAACUUCUGGUACUCAUGAACAGCUGGUGAAGAUCUGGGCGGUAUUGGGGGUUCCGACUGAGGACACCUGGCCAGGAAUUUCCAAGCUCCCCAACUAUAACCCAGAACUGGUUGCUUCCAGGAGACCUCAGAGACUCUGAGUCAUCUGUGACAGGCUGAGCAGGGUGCCAGCAGCGGAGGAUUUGGCCUCCAGGAUGCUUACAGCCUUCCCUUGAGGCUGGAUCCUGGCACAGGAUGCACUUCUUCAUGGCUUCUUCAGCCCUCUGCCUCCUCAGCUCUAUCAGGCUCGUGAUGAACAACCAGUGCUCACAGUUCCAGGAGUGAGACUGCAACCUGAAAUCUGUGACCUGUUUGCUUCUUACUGAAAAGGCCGUCUCUCAGGAGGUUCAAGCAAGUUUCAGUAG